AUGGCGCACACCGUCGAUGUCCUGAUAAUUGGCGCCGGCAUUGCUGGCCUUACCGCAGCUAUGCGUCUGAAACAGGCAAAUAUUGAUAACAUUCUGGUUCUCGAGGCAAGAGACCGAAUUGGCGGUCGUGUUGCGACUACCGUGUUUAGAGGCGUCGAGCUCUCCAUCGGUCCCAUGUAUGUCCACGGGGAGGCCAAUAAUCCAGUGGCCCGGUUAGUGAAACAGUUGAAGUUACCAGUGCAUCCACCAGACUACUCCACAUUCGGAGCAAAGUCCUGUGUUGCUCGACUGGCCUCUUCUGGAGAAGAUGUUGCUUUGCAGUUAACUGCUAAUGAGGAGGACCCAGAGUAUGUUCUGUCUCACGGUGAUGGCUAUCGGUGUAUCGUCGAACACCUGGCUGCAAAGGCCGACCUCCUUAAUAAAUCCAAGAAACUGGCCCUUUCAACAGUA